UGAUUUUUUCGUCAGUCCGUUUUUCUCCUAGUGAAUUAAGUAAGCUUGAUAUUCAGCUAAAGUAAGAAAAAAAGUUCUGUCUAGCGUAGGAAUAAAAAAUAGACCCCGUGUCUCCCGGUCGCAAUUCUCUCUUUCUCUCGCUCGCGAGGUUAGGAGAUUAGAUGGCCGUCAACGAAUGGACGAGGAUGCAGCGAACAUCAGCAAGUAUUCGCUUGUGCUGAACGCAUCAGUUUACGACGGUCAGGGCGAUCUUGUUUCGAAUCUCAAUGCGGAUCUUGCUCGCUCCGUUUACGCAGAUUCCGAGCGCCUAAAUGAGUACCGGGAGCAAGUACAUCUGCGUUCUGUGCGACUCGAAGCUGGACACCAAGGAAGCACUGCAGCAACACUUUAGGCGACAUGCAAAUAAAGAGAUAGAUGGUCGUGGGCGACCAAUAGAAAGAAAAAGUGAUAAAAAUACUCUGUGUGAUAUAUGCAAUCAGUCGUUUGAUUCGAUACGGGCAACGAUAAGACACAGGUUUAAAAUGCAUCCCAAUUCACCAACCAAAUUCCAUUGUCCCUAUUGUGGACAGCAAUUUCCUCUAAAGAAUCACAGAGAUACUCAUCAAACUUUGCAUGAUGUAACUGAAAGUGAGAACAAAGAUCAACACAGAAAAUGUGAGGAGUGUGACUUAUUAUUUUACAAUAAGAAGGCAUUGGAAUAUCAUUGUAAAUCUAUUCAUAAAAGAAUGGUACACUUAUUUCAACCGAUAGCCACUCCUCCGCCUAGUAACAAAAUCAAAUUCAACUCUAUGAAUGAUGCAAUGAACGUAUACUAUUGUCAUUUAUGUGGUGUCGAAUAUGUUGUAAAAUUCAAUUUGCAACAGCAUUUGGAAAGGAUACACACGAAAGUAAGAAAGAUAAAUAAAACUAAUUAUCUCAAGAGCUCAAUUAAUUGA